CACGUCGAGGAUGUAACAAAUCGCGUAUCUUUUCAGGACGUUUUUGGAAAGUUAUGACCCUUAUCGGCUCUGCAUCUUAAAUGCAAGUGAAGCCAUCGUCAUAAGAUAACUGUAUUCUUUGGAUUAUUUUCUUAAACUUGAGUGACAAUGGCGGACCACACAGCAAAUCCAAAUGAUGUGGAGCUGGGGGAGCGCAACCCAAACAUGAACGAGUCGUACGCCGACAGCGUGUCAACAGUUCAUGAUGAACCUGCCAGAAGUGACUUUCUUGGGAUGCGGUACGCUGAAGACGACCCAACAGUUAGCAGUAUGGGACAUGGCGACUCGCAGACUGAUCUGGGAAUAGAAGAAAGACAUAGAGGCUAUGGAAAUGAAAUUGGGCAGCGUCUUGCCUGUCCUCCUGUGGGAUGCUCGUCAACAGAUGGAAAACCGGCAGUGUAUUCUAAUCCACGUUACACUUCCCCACAGAGAUCUAACUUGCGUCGCUUACCAAGUUUGGAUCGUCUCCCGUCGAGGGCAGCCAGUAACAGUACUGUUAACGCACCAUCAGUGACUGCCUCUAAUGCGGAACUUGUCGAUGGAAAAGCGGAAAAGCCAAAAGACCCCAAUUCUCCAAAGGCAAAAAUCGUUGAAUUCUUCAAUAACCCAAAAUAUGAAAAACCACGAGCACUACUGUUGAUAAUCCUACUCUUAAUCCUGUUGAUUAUUAUCAUCGUAUUACCAAUCGUAUUCACUCGGCGAGGUGGAGAACCACAAGAAAGCAAAACACCGGUUGCCAGACCAUUGGCCCAAGUCAGCUGCGCGUGGAUAGCGGGAGUUUAUGAAAAAAAUAUAUCCGUUUUUAAGGGUAUCUCGUACGCCUUGGCUCCAGAUGGCCGUAAUCGUUGGACACCCCCAAGAGAACUCCAUAAUGAGGCGUCCUGCAGAUUAAAAUUUCCAAACAGUACUAGUGAAAUUCCUACCGCGACAGAUAAGUUUGGCUCACGAUGUUAUCAGCGAAUCAAAAAUGGUUAUAAAGGUGGCAGCGAGGAUUGUUUGACUCUGAAUGUGUGGACAUCAACAAAUAAGACAGAUGCAGGGUUGCCAGUUAUUGUCUACAUUCACGGCGGCCAGCUAGCCUUUGGUGGUGGAGAUGAAAUAGCAAGUUACGGCGUCCACGAUUUUGUAAAAAAAUACAAGGUGGUUGUCGUCUCGAUGAACUACCGAUUGGGACCGUUUGGUUUCAUGGCGCUGAAGGAGUUCCCAGAUUACCGCAGUACUGGUAUGACCGGGAAUUACGGCUUGAUGGAUCAGAUUGCCGCCCUUAAUUGGGUGAAGGCAAAUAUAAAGAAAUUUGGGGGUGCUCCUACUAAGGUGACCCUUCUUGGUUGGGAGUCGGGUGGUAGCAGUGUGCUUGCCCUGUUAAAUUCAGCGAAGGCUUCGAAUCUGUUCCACGGCGCUUGGGUAAUGGAUGGAGGAUUCAUUCGCGAUCAGACCCUCAAUGAAACUCUGAAUGUCAAUGGAGCUUUCCUAUCCAACACUGGUUGUUCAACCAAAAGAACACCCAGUGACGUCAUGGAUUGUCUGUAUGCGAUGUCAUCGGAUGCAAUCACGAACUCUGUGUCAUGGAAUGACGGCUCUAGGUGGACACUACCUCAGAUGUACGCCGUACCCAAGAAGGAUGAUUUCAUGGCAGCGAUGAUAACCGUCGAUGGUAAUAUUGUGAAGCAGUCCACACUCCAAAUGUUCAAUACCAGAACCCUUGUAAACCAUGUGCCUAUUGUCUUUGGCAAUGGUCAAGAGGCCACAGAUUUGGAUCCACCAUACUUUGAAAGGGGCAGUUACCCCUCCCUGAGUACGACGGAGCGGGUAUUAAUUAGCUCACAGCUUGAAGAAUUUAGCAACACACUCGCUACCCUGGUAGAUGAUUACGAGAAGACCGCCAGAACUCACGAGCAAGCUUACAUGUUGAUGGUUACGGACAUGCGGGCAAGAUGUCCGACAAACCAGAUGGUCCAAGUUUGGGGGGGAAUGCUGGCGCAGCCUGUUUAUCGUUAUAUAUUCUCGACACAGCCUUCUAGCCGAAUAGAUGCAUUGGCAAGAGGAUUCUGGUCGCGUUACGCCUUCCGUGGGGUCGACAUGUUGGCAGCUUUCGGAGCCUUUGCCGAUUACUAUUCUAAUUAUUUUACCGGCCAGGAACAAUUUCAAGUAAAGUUGCAGGAGAAAUUAGCCGAAUUUGCCACCACUGGUAAAAUAGCCGCUUGGAAUAGGGCACCGAGUGAGUAUAUGGUUUUCAAUGCGACAGCGUCAAGAAGUAUGGCAUAUGAUGAUAUAACAUUGUACAAAGAUUGUACUACAUUUACCAACGCAGGCAUCGACUGGAAGUAUGCCUGGAUGAAUUAACCUAUAGAAAACAGGAAUUAGAAUGGUGGCGUGUUAAAUUCUGCACCUAGUGUACUAAAAGUAUGUUUGUCAUAGUUUCAGCAGUACAUGGCAUGAUUUUUUGGGAAGUGUCUGGCCACGGAAUAAAAUUCACUGUGUGCUGUACGUCCUCGUAGAAGUAGUCAGUUUGAAUUACAUGUGAUGCUUAACAUUAACAAGGCAUAUUUUAAAGUACACACCUCUUUCUGUCAAUAUUGGUCUCAUCCUUGUACAUUUCCUAGUUGACUGUUUGACUCUCUAAAUACAGUAAACCCCUUUACUUUUGCAGCCCUAAAUCUUUGUGAAAACAUCCUUAGCAGUUACUGUGUCUAUUUUGCAUCCGCAAUGGGUCCAUUUUCAAGGAUGAAACCGUUGUUUGCGAUUGUACCCUCUUGGCGUUGCCAAAUAAUAGCAGGCUUGCAAAAGUAAAGUGGUUUACAGUACAGUCUAUCAAUACUUUUGUGAUUUUUUCCUUUCAAAGUGCUCAGUGUCUUUGCUGAAAUAGAGUACUAAAACGAUUGAUUUUAACUAGUAGUAUCUGAAUACCUGAUGAAUUGAGAUUAUGAAAAGGGGGAAUAAUUCAAUUGAUUUUAUAAAUUGGAUCACAUUUUAAAAAUUUAUCUUUAUCACCAACAAAAUGAUGUAAUUUCUAACUAAAAAAUGUAAACACCAUUAUAUGUGUCACUCUUACUUACAUUACAUUCCAUUAUGUCUGUUAUUUUCUUAACAGCAAGUCCAUGUACAUUUUAAAGCAUCUCUAUUAUGAUUAAGGAUUCCGUCCUUGAAAAAACAUUCCUUCUUCAGUUUCAUUUCCGCUUUUAUACUUAACAUGUGCUUCAUGAGCAUAUUGUUACAUACUGUUACAUAGUGACACCCUCCAAGUUGUUGUAUUUGGGUUUCUAUUAAAAAAGGGUGAAAUUUCAUCAAAAACCAGAGCAAAGAGCGCAGAAGCAGGGAAGUUUUCUUACUGUAACAGAAUAUUUCAGGCAGAUUGUGUUCAACAAAACAUUCCAGUUGUAAUACUUUAUAUCAUAUUUUUUGUUAAUUCUCCUGCCAUAAAAUCAUCAUAUCUUUGUAUCAUGGUUGAUAUUCUUUGUUUACCCAGGGAGGGAUAUUUUUUGUACAGAACUCGUCCCUGUUGGAAUACAUGUAUGUAUAAACAGAUGUACAUUGUUUGUGUGAAAGCCAUUUGGGGAUGAGAAGGUUUUACGAUAUCUCCAGGUCUUUUUUUUUGUUGAUGUUGUGAUCAACUCCUGUGCGCAGAAAUUGCUUCCUCAGUAUGAUAUGAUUAAAGGUCUAGAAAAUGUCGGGCCAACACUUAAAGUUCCUGUGUUGGUAGAGUUACACAGACAUAGAUAUGCUCUUGUCGUCAGUCACCUGAGACACGAAUGUAUCAUACACUUGCUAGCAAUUCCUGUGCAGAGUAGUGUACAUGUUGUGAUUAUACCCUGAUGUAUUAUGAGAUAUUGAUUAGAAAUUUAACGCUCAUAGUGCCCCGCAGACAAGCAAUCUAAAUUGCUUUGGUGUGCGAUCUUAAUCGCAUUGUGACUAAAAUCACUUAUUUUCAGUGGUCAUUGAAGGUAUGAAAAGAAUCGGUUAGCGCAGUGUCCAAACAAAUGUGCUGUGGGUGUUGUUAAAAGUUGCAAUAGAAUUGAUAAUUCUCAUUCUGUAUAUUUUUGAAGGCUAGUUUUACAUCCAAUGUUGGUAAAGUGUAAAUACUUUUUAUCAGAUUGCCAUAUUUGUAUUAGUGGAGGUCAAGUGUAGUAGAUAGUAGAAUAGCCAAGCUCUUUGAUAAAGCUAUGAACAUGAUAAAGGAAAGAAGUUAGGUGUAUUUUCACUAAGGUUGGCCUGUAUAGAUAGCUAGCUGGUUUGAAAAACCCCGAGAUUAUUUGAGAAUUAUAAAUGAUUACAUAAAAGUCGCUGUCACACCAUUUGAUAUUCGUUUUCCAAGACACCGUGGCAUUCACAAUGGAUAGGUUUUAUGUACUAGACUGUGCACCAAAUUCACCAAGUCUUAAUAUUUUUGAAUUGAUAUUACAUGUAUAUGGCACUGGCUGGCACAAAAAGAAAUUUUUGUUAAAAGUAAUUUCAUCAUCAUGUCAGAUGAAAUUUGUAUUUUCUAACAAAUUAAGUGCCAUUUUAAACUUUUAUAUUUAGUGUCUUGGUCCUGUUGAUGAUAUAAUGAUGUCAAUUUGUGUUGUGAAUUUAGUUUAAAUUUGAGAGAAGGGUUUAUAAUGCUAUACAGAUAUUUGAGAUUAUAAUUAGAUUACUUUCUCGAGGAUUUUGUGGUUUCAUUCGAAGCCACGUAUGGGCGUUUCUUUUAGGAGUGGUUGUCACCUAAUUUGGCCAGCGUACACCAAGCUUUUAAAUGCUAAUUUGAAGAAAUGUAAAAGGAAUUUGGAGUAUAUAUUAACAUCAAAUUUAUCUGAGAGAGAUUGUGCAUUGCUCUUGUGAGAACUAUGAUAAAAAUUUGUAAGUUUUUUUCACAGUUAUUCACUGAAGUUUAAAACAAAAGUGUAGGACGGAAUGAACUUUUUGAAACUCGCCCAUGUAUCGGUCAAGUUUGCGAAAAUAUUGGUUGAUCUCCUUGGAUGGUGACAUCAUAUGACUUAAAUCCGACAUCAUAUUGUAAUGUGAUUAUAACACUGAUAGUGUGCAUGUAAUUGUUGCAUUUCUCAUUGGAUGUACAUAAUAUUUCUCAUAAAUUAUGCUUAAUAUUUUCUCUGUAGUUGUAGAAAAUCAAACAUCUUAUGACGGCCAUGGUUUCCCUUUUGCUGUUUUUACAACCUCAUUUUUUCUAAUCAUCUGUGUAAAUUUGGGUUUGGGGCAGUCAUGGCCUUCUUUGCAUUAAACCUUUGUAGAAUAUCUCUGUUUGCUGCAUUCACUUUUGACAUGGACACUAUUAGAUUGCACUUUAUUGAAAACCAAGACUUACGAAUUCAUUUUUUAUGUAUUUUCAUAUUUGACAUGCAUGGCUUUGAGUUAAGCUUGUAUUGAAGUUCAUUAGUUAGGUUACCUUCUCGUGGGUCACGAUUUUUUUUUCCUUUUAUAGGAAUCAAAAAUGAGAUCGAUUGGUAUAGUGAGGGAAAAAAUGUAGGCCCUGUAAAUCUGCAAUGUGCAUUUGCAUGAAUAGCUCAGAAUUUUAGAAAAGAUAUUUGAAAGUUGGCUGCUGACAUUUUAAAACACAUUUGUAUAAUUCAGAUUUAUUUUUAAUACACUCUAAAUGACUUGCACAGUGUAGUAUAAGGUGCCUUGCGCAUUGAAGAUACACCGGCCUGUUACACUGCCUGUUACCUCUGGUACAGGGAGGCACUAACACCUGUGCCUUGGCCGGCGUACUGUAACAAAUCCAAUGAAAUCAACAGCGAGGUCUGUAUAAAAAAGUUACUCCGAUAUACAAUGAAGGGCUAAAAUUUGAGUCCAGUGUGCAUUGUCACCUGUAAUUUUUCCAUCCAGUAGGUAUAUAAUAUUUUGUGGUUGUUACAGUCCAUCAUAUAAGUUCUCUUAUAUUUGCACUUGUACAUGUAUACAUGAUUAUUAUAGUCCAGAAUAAAUUACAUUUUUAUCAAAGA